CUCAGCCCGCCCGUCCACGCGCGUCACCAUCAACAACACAACUCCACUCAUCUUUCCCAAACACUUGCAACCCACUUUUUGAUGCGCAAUGGGCAUUCCCAUCGGAUGGAACAUUAAGCGCGACGAGGCAAAUGACAAGGACGUACUGAGAGCCGACUUGACGGGCCAUCGCUCACCCAUCCGCCGACGCGUCAGACCGAACAGAUCGCCACGACCGAAUAGCACGCUUGAUACUGAGUUCCUCAUAGCCGCCUCUGGCUCUGCUCCCGUCAUCGAAUGGAUACCACGCUCGUCGCAUCGCACGCGCCUCGCGCCACCACCAGUGCCUGAACUCUCGAGAACCGACUACCGCGGCAACGAGGCUGCGGCCAACUCACCUGCACCCCUGGGCCCCAAUAGCACCCUGCAUCGUUCGCGCAAUCGUCUCGAUGAGUUUAUGCGUUCGUAUGCGGCGCGCAGAGCCUUGGAGACUGAUCGCUCCAUCGCUGUUUUUACCCCCGGCUUUGCGCCCGCAGCAGGUUCACAGAGCUCAGAAUCAGACACGAUGCACGGCGCGCGAGAAUUUUCCCGCAUGCGUGAGAGGGCGUCGUAUCGUCGCACUGCCCCUCUGAGAUUGACCCGUUCACGGAGUCCCCGCGCUGACCGAUCUGCGGCAAGAAGUGAUACUGCAAGCGCGCCCGAGGAAGACCACGAAAGCAGUGACAACCACGCUGUAGCCUUUCCGCCGCUGCGUAGGAUGGGUCGCCGCACUAUUGCCGAUGGACCAUUACCCAGUAGCUCGUUACGUGAGUCUUGGAGUCCAGUUCCUGCUCUUGAUGGCUUGGGCGACCGCAAUCGCAGCGUCAGUCCGCUUGACGACCAACUGCACUGGGACAGCUUCCUUACGACGGUGGUUGAUGACCCGGUUGCACCAACUGCUGCAUCGUCAUUUGCGUCAGCUGCAGCCUCAGCCUCGUUCUCAAACUCCCACUCAAGCUCGCGAUCGGGAAGUUCAAACUCGGCAGCAUCCUCACAAACCCACCUUACAGUUCCUUCGCGACUACCAAGUCCUCCACAGCACGACCAGUUCCUGCGCGCUUGCGAUACUUCAGAUAACGACACGGCUUCGGAUACCGAAGAGGAAGAGACAGACGUGCCUGCUCCCAUGCGCCGCCCCCAGCGGGAGCGCUCGAGGGAUGGCUCCAGUCCCUCAAACUCGACGGCUCCCCGUCGCCGAAUGCGUCCAUCGUACUUCUCCAGCGACCCUCCAGCCCGAGAUGCAGACCGCUACUCGCUCCGUGUGAUUGACCGGUCCCGUGACUCCAGCGACUACGUCCACAACUACUACAGCCGAGGCAACUGGAGACACAGCCAGACAGAAGAGCCGCAAAGACUUCAGAUGUCCUCACAACUCGAUGGGCCGGCUGACGAGCCUGCGAGCACAAGUGAGGCAGAGACUCCCCCGCUCACACGGGCCGAUUCUACGCCGUUGGACCAGGAACUCCGUGACGCACGAUCAUUGCUCGAACGCCUUGCUUCUCGCGAGGAUAUCAGCGACGACUUUUGGGCUUCAGUUGGUCUCACACGAUCGUUUGCUGAUCCGGUUCAGCGAUUCCAGGAACUUGAACGUCUCUAAGAAAAAAGGACUAAAAGAGAUUUUUUUCCUACCAUCAUAUACUGUAUGAUGUGUCGUUUGGCUAGGCUGGCUCAGCAAAUGACCAUCAUUCCUUUCUUUCUUGCUCUUCUUUGGACAUCGAUGAUAAUCAACUAUCUCCUCCUCUUUCACUAUACAUAUCACAAUCUUGGUAAUCUGCAUUUUUGGGGCACCCCGGCGUAUUUGGACUACCUGAUGCUUUUGUUUUUUUAUGCGAACACUUGUUGAUGAACAAGGAUACGGAGGGGAAGGCGACGGGGACAGGACGAACAAUCAUGGCAUUUCAUGAAUUGUAUACCCAUUGGACUUUACUGCAAAGCCAACAAUUAGAAGGGCAGUAUGAAGGUAAACUGCUUAUAGCCUGUUUAUGUAUUAUCUAGAUAAAGCUAGUUGCCCAUUGGAUUAGGAGAGCCAUGGAUGAAUAGGGAAUACUAAAAG